GAUCUUGCCUCCACGGACCAUGUUGUUACAAUUUUCUCUAUUUUUCUCCCUGAUUUUCUCCUCCAUGCUCCCAGCCAUCUCCAGCUUGAUGGGCUGCGGACAUGAUGAAGUCAUGCCGAGUGUAGGGAUGCCUAGUUAAAGGCCUUUUCUCUCCUGCAGCGAUUAUACCUGUGUACAUUGCCGUGGUUGUCUAGCGAGAUGGAGGACUUGGAACGGUUGCGGCAGCCAUGGGAGCCAAACGAGCACUGGGCCAUGCGUCGAGAGUUCAUCCGACGGCACCGCAACGGAUUUCCAGAGAACCGACUUCUCUGUUUGGCCCAGACAUUUGUGAACAUGGAACUUCUUGGGUGCGCAUACCCAGCUCGCGUAGCAGAACUUGUGCGUGAGCUAGCGAAAGACUUGCCCAGGUCAGAGCGCCCCAAGGCCCCCGCAGUUGCACCCGUAGCCUUCGUGAGGGCCAGUGACCCGUCGCCAAAAGAAGCUUCGUUAGGAGUUACUGCAGGGUCGUAUACCGCUGUGCCAGACAGACAGCAAUUUGUAGGUGGCCAUGCGAACAGGGCUGGCCUCGGAUGCAAGCCUCGCAAACAACUGGCGGGCGGUGAUAAUUCUCUCGACCCUAGCAACGCUGUGCCUCCCAGGCAGCAGUUUGUGGGCGGCUUUGCGAACAGGGCUGGCCUUGGGUUCGAGUCGCGCAAGCGGUCGCCUGAUAGCAGCGAUUGUCUGGACUAUGCCAGCGCCGCGAAGCUUGCGCGAAAGCCAACCGACAAGCCUUCAGGAAAAAGUGCCCCCGAGCCACCCGAAGGAUCGCCACCUCCAGGCGAUUCCAAAGAUUGUACUAGGCUCCCGAAAUUCCAGGCCGCGGCGCAGAUGAUCAGAGACGAUGUAAUCAGCGGGCCCAACACGCUGGACAAGCUGCAGCAGGUGUUCUCCAAGUGCGGCUUUAGUCUAGACGUGCAGUUCGAGGAGCAGCCUGCCCAGAAGCAGAAACCACUCACGUUUGAAUGUGUCGUAUGCUCGGACGGUGAAACACUGGGAAAGGCGUCAGCCCCUAGCAAAAAAGAGGCAAAGCGCCUUGCUUUUCAGGUAAUCUGGGACGGUUUCUCUCGUGUUCCGGAAAGCCCCAAGACGCCCAUACGCGUGCCUGCGCCGCCUCGCGAGUUCGAACAGAGUGGCAACCGCUUUAACGCCGCAAAACAGCAAACCAGCCUUGAGAAGGUUUGCACUCAGCAGAAUUUGACGGAUGAUGAUGGCAUGCUAGAUCUAGAAACACUGGUUGUGGUUCAAGCAUUGAAUUCUUCCUGUGACGCUAUGGCAACCUUGAGCAGGACAGCAUGUGCAAACAGGCUGAGAGGCACUUUCGAAGUGGAGAGUGCAGUAUCUGGGUACAAAUGCACAUACAUACUUGGGCACUGUGAAAUCAAGCACGGUGUGGGUGAGACAAAGCAGGAGGCGAAGCUCGAAGCAGCAUCUGCGUCCCUGGCAUACCUUCAAAGUGUAGCUCCUACACUUAGGAUGAAACGGCGUGUAGAUGGACAUGGUCCUGAGUUGACCAAGAACACCUUUGGCACUCCUGGUGAGAGCAGUGCCCAGGGACAAAUAGCCUCUGAAAACAUUGGCCAUAAGCUGCUCAAGAUGAUGGGUUGGAGUGGUGGUGGGAUAGGCAAGGAAGGUCUUGGCAUUGUGGAACCUGUUAUGCUUAAGGAAACAUGUGGCCGGAAGGGCCUUGGCUUCAGUGGGGGCCCUGCCCGCAUGAAUAGCAACUUCAAGACAAAAGUUCAUCAGGUGCUUAAGGAGUUUGCAGACACAGUGGUGCUGCAGGACCUUGUGUUUUCGCCUGAGUUUGACAAUGAAGAACGGAAGUAUGUGCACUCGGUGGCGCGCAGGUACGGCCUCAAAAGUGUUAGUGUGGAUGGACCAUCAGGCAGGUUUCUCACAGUGCGCCACAAACUAUCUGUGCGGCAGCUUGUGGACACAAUCCUUGCCUCAGGACCAACAGAAAAGUAUGAAGUUGUCAUGCCAGCACUGCGAAAUUCUGGCGAAGAGAGUUGACACUGAUCACUGAGGUGCAAAGUUUCUGCAUGGUGUUGCACUGUAUAGUCGCAGUGAGUGAAAGAAUGCUUUCAAGCAGUGGCUGCAGAUAAAAAUUGCACUGUAACAAAUCAAACCAGAUUGCAAUGAUUUAUGUGAAUAAAAAGGACUUAUGCAGGCAGUUCUUUGAUGAAGUGGUGUGGAGGAGGUAGUAGAGAUGUGCGCCUAGGUCUGUUCAAUUCGCUUGCACCACUGUCAAGUAGUUCACGGUGGUUCACGAGAACUUCAGAAGUUGUGCAGCUCGAUUUCUGAGGUGCAGGCCCAGUGAGACACUCGAAGCGAAUGUAAAAAUGCAGGCACGGUGCAGGUGUUUUGUCAGACUAAUGUGCACAGAGUGCGUAAGUUUGAGAGGUCCUGAACUGCAGGUAUGGUCGGCUUACACACUGUACACACCACACUUGCAUAUACACAUCAGAUGUGCGUAAGUGGGGUUCUAACGGUGCUCGCACCCGUGUGCUGCGUCGUCUGCUGCGCUGCUGCUUCGCACCUGUAUGCCUGCACCAAGUCAGCACCGACUGUGGAGUGGGUGCAGCAAAAUCAUGAACCAGCCCCGCACCUUUCCUUCACCUUUUGAAAUGAAUAGCAUGGUUCUGCAGGUGCCAUUGCUGCACCGCUGAAACGAAUGGCAGGGUGCAGCACCUCGUGAACUGGUUCAGAUGGUGCAGGCAAAUUGAAUGUACCCAUUAUCACCAUCGAUGCGGAUAUUCUGCCCCACAUAAACUGCGUCCAAUAUACUACGUUUGCUGUAAUCGUCAUACACAUCACUAAAUAAAGUAAGUGUACUCCAGUUACUCUGAGGUGUAUACAUACAUUUCUGAGAAAAUCGCAAAGCGACACGAAACUUGCAGUUAUGUUGUAUGUUCACUGGGAUGUUCAAUACAUUUGGGAAAUUGUAAAACUAUAAUGGGAAAAAAUAUGGAUUGUUAACUUUGAGCUGAAGCACUUACGGAUGUUUCACCUGAAAUAUUAAAAAAUUCCAUUCCUAAUUUCAACCCUUUCUCAAGUUUCGGAAUGGUAAAUAACAGGGGUGUGUGAAUAUUUGCAUUUUCAACUAUGAAUUGAAUAGUCUUUAGUAUUUGAUUUGUGUGAAAUUUGACAAUUCAUUAUUUGGGAUUGUCAAAUAUUCGUUUUUGUUUGAAUUCAUAUGAGGGAUAACACUUAUUGGAGUGUCGAGGGACAGAGUUGGAUGCAAGUGAGAACUGAUUCUAAUGACUGCUGCAGGAGAGCCGUGGUUGUUGUGCUAGGCCACCGGUUCCUGAGAAAACACGAGACAAAUGGAUGCUUUUUCUUUUCUUCCCCUUAGAAGCCUGUCUUCAGGCCUAAUACCUAGGUAUUCUACUCUAAUGUCCAGUCACUCAGUACAAAUGCCUCACUUUUAGACAGCCCAUAAACUGAUUUGUCAAAUUUAGGGAAACCAAUUUUUUAUUUGAUAAGUCUUGCCAUGGCUUUCAUUUCUUUACAGCAGUGUUCAGUGCUGUAGUAAUGUUCUCUCCUUCAGUGGACAAUACGUGCAUCUAGUGCAUUUCACUAUUUGAACUGCUGUUCCUCUAGCUUGUUUCAUUACUGUCAUUGCCAUUGCGCUCCAUAUUACUGGAAGUGGAUGUUUAUUUGCAGUCAGUUCCAUUCAUGACAUGCAUGUGUCAAAUAAUGUAAAUAAGCUGCUACUUGUCUUAGGAAGUGAAUUGUGCUUGCUUCAUAUUUUACUGUUUAAAAGAGAAAAUCAAUAUUUGGGGGCUGUUUUUCUUGAAUAUUUGGCUAGGAAAUUUCACUAUACAAGCACAUCUAGUAAAUAAAUAGUCAAAUGGUGCAAUCUAGCAAGUAUGUCUAAUAUUCCGUAUGAACAGGUGCAUUAUCCUGCAAAAUAAAAACAUUUUUUCCGUGCAGAGCAGCAGUGUAGUUGUAAUGCAAGUAUAUUGCUUGGUGAAAAAUCAUUUCUGUGAAAUUUCAGGAUGGACGAAGCUUUGUAAAAUAUUUCUUAUGAAAACUCUAUUGUAACUCUUUAAUACAUAGCUCAAGCUUCUACAGAAUUGAGUCGGCUUUCACUUUUAUAAUAGUGUGUGGGGGCUAUUCCUAAUUUUCUCUUGUGGCGUUUCCCUACUUCCGUAAGUGCAUGCACCACAAUAGCUGCAGCGAGCUGUAUGGAUUGUAGUAGCCACCAUGUUUGCUUUGGACUGGUAUGAUUGUUUUUUUGUAUUCCAGGCAGUUUGUUGUAGGUAGAUUCCUGUCACGCCUCAUUUCAGACCUCUAUAAUAAAGAGAAAUGCAUGGCCA